GUAGAUUAGUAAUUUUAGUAUAGAAUGGUUGUAGUUUGUGUUUUUGUAUAUUGUUGAGAAAGUAAUUGACGCGGUUACAAAUGUCUGACUUUGAGGAGCAAUUCCAGGCGUUCCUGCGUGAGCCACUGUCGUCAGAGGAAUCAUCAGGAGCAGGACCGAGCACAAAGGAAGAUGUUCAGCCAGCUCAAGCAAAUCGAAAAAUUUUCUGGAUGAAGACCAGAGCACUUGAAGAUGUGGAAGGAAAGGACUACAGUGAUGGAGAGAGGGAAAAGCAGAAGGCAGAACAGCAGGAAGGAGAUAUGUCAGGUGACCUGGUGAGGCCAAACAUCCGGCUCAAGGUGCCAGGCUCGGAGGCUGCAGCAGGGGCCGAGGCGGCUGGGGCCCGCACUACGCUGCAGCUGAACCUGGACCUCCUUCCGCACUCACCAGAGGCGUCCUCCUCCACAGCAGACUUUGUCAGGAAGGAGCAAAUGUUCCAGGAGCGAGGAGGGGGAGGAGGAGAGGACGAAGACGGAGAAGACAAUGUGGAAGCUGCGGAGGCGGACGGAGAUGAGACGGAUGAGGAGAUCAGCAGCAUCCUCGAGGAGAUGAGCCGCUUGGCCAGCAGCAGUGGGCUCUCGCAUGAAGCUGGAAUGGAAGACAGAAGUGUGGAAGAAAUUUUGAAAGAGGCAGAAGAAGUUGUCCGUGAGAGCUCUCAGACAUUUGAGCAGCUUGCUCAUGCAUCAUCAAGAACUAGCUUCAAGUCUCUCACAUCAGACUCGGAGAGUUGUGAAGUUGUGCCUUCAGAUAUUUCUUCACCAUCGAGUCACAGUGCUAGUAGGUCAAGAGAACAUUCUAAGAAAGUUUCUCAGAUUCCCUCCAGUAAGAAUACUUUUAAUGAAUUUAGACAGCCCUCUGUGAUAUCUUCAAAAUCCUUUAUGUCAGAUAUUUCUUCCUUAUCUGAAAGUAAUGAAAAAGUUGACAGCAGAUUAAAGAAAACUGUUAGUAUGCCUUCAGAUGUACAUUCUUCAGUUUCCCUUGGUCCCACCAAGGUAACUGGAUUACCAGACAGAUCUGAUACUGAAAAGUAUGAUGCCUUAAAGCGGACCACAGUUUCUUCUAGUUUUGGUACAAGUGAAAAAAAUUUACCUGUUACAGCUUUACUACAUUAUGACAAAUUCAAUAGCCAUGCUGCAGGAGUUAAUAAAAGUGAGGAUUUUAGGAAAGAAGAGCCUGCAAUUACACAAGAAAAAUCUCUUAUUGACACUGGUCAAAGUGCCACAGGGAAACUGUCACCACAGGGCAAGAAAAUCGAUAGAAGUGUCAGUUUCCAAAGUAUGUCAUCACACCGUGAAAAACCUGGAGCAAAAAAAUGGCAUAAAAGUAACGAAAAAGACAGUGAUAAGCCAAGUGCGAAAAAAUCGUUUGGUUUUCAUCAGAACAGAAAUGCUGGCCAAAGUAGUUCAAAAUCUGUUGUUACUUCAGGUGCUAAACGGAACAGUACUGCAAAAUCCAGUGAAAGCAGAGAUUCCACUAAAGAGAUGAGAGAGGAAAGUAUUCACAAGAGCAUCACUGUUAGUAGAGUAAUGCCACGUGAAAAGGAUGUUGAUCCAUCUGCAGCAGGUUCUAGAGGCAAGCAACUGAAAAGGGACAGCAGCGCCAGUAGUGUAUCAGAUAAAAUAAGGCAAAUAGUGAAUGACGUGGUGCGCACUGAGGUGGAGAGUGCAGUGAGCGAGGUGAAUACAAAAGUUCCAGGAAAGGGCAGUGAAAGUAAUGCCAGCAAUGGAGCCAGCAGCUGGAGAACAGAGUACAUCCGUGGACUGGAGAGGAAGUACUUGUCAGAUGUCUCGGAAGAGAGUACAAUAUCACAGCCGUCGGAACAGGACAAGAGGCCUACACAGGGUGCGAAAGUGACAGACGAAUCUCUCAGGAAAGAGACACUGAUGCUCCUCACGCUAGAGAAACAGCUUCAAGAGGAGAAGGAAAAGUGUCAAAGGCUACAAGCUGAGUUGGCUUCAGGGGAGAAAGAGCACAAGAAACAAUUAAGUGCAAUGACAAAACAGUAUGAGAAGGAAGUCCUGGAACUGAAAAAGGAAAUAUGCGUCCUGCGAGCAAAGAUAUCAGGGAUGGAGGCUGCAGCUCCUGCUCCCAACUCUGAGCAGAGUGUGCAGAGAGCAGAUGUGAGGGUGGCAUUGAUGGAGGAGGAAAUGCAGCGCCAGGAGCAAAUAAUCGUCAACUACCAGCGCGACAAUGAGCGCCUGUGCCAGGAGCUCAAGCAGCUGCAGGAUAAGUUAAAGACAAAAGAGGCAGGUUCAGCGGCAAGUAAGGGUCCAGCAACAGGUGAUGUGGAAAGACGAAAGCUUGAAGAUGAGCUGCGUGAGGCUCGAGAAGCUGCUAUUGCUGCAAGAGUGCAAAUGGAUGCAUUGAGGGCAGGGAAGAGGGACCUAGAAAGCACAGUCCGUGACCUCAGGGCAUCACUGGCCGAGACAAAGUCUGAAUUGGAGAGGCAGCGGCGACGUGCAACCUACGGCACGGGAGGCGGAGCUGCUGCUGGUGGCAAGCCACUGCGGUCCCCCAAGUCCCCCACCACUGCCACCAGGACUGUCAGGCAAAAUGCACAGGACUCAUCUCGUAUAGAAGAACUGGAACGCGAGUCACGUUCUUUACGGCGAGAACUGGCACUGGCCCAGGAAGAGGCGAAGAAAGUGCAGGCAGCCGCAGAGCGGGAGAGGACGGAGGCAGCUCUGCAGAGAAAUGCCCUGGAGGCGAGUGUGGGAGAGCUGAGCGAGGCCCUCAGCAAGGAGCGAGCACGUGCCAAUGCCGUCGAGAGGGACUCCCGCAACCAAGCGGCCCAGCUGCAGGACAUGACACGCCAGGUGCACGAGCUGGAGCAUAUCCUAAAAAGGAACCCUGUGGCAGCACAGGAGGCAGGCAUUCUGCCAAAAGGUUCUCCAGAAUUCUCGCCACGCGUUAAACACCUGGAAAACAGGCUGCAGCAGCUUGAACAACAGCUUAACGAGAAGGAGCAGCAGCACAGAGCUGCAAUAGCAGAUGCCGAGAAGCAGCGUCAGGAACUGAAGUCGCAGUACGAGGAGCAGGUGUCUGACUUGGAGCUACAGCUGCACACAGUGAAACUGCGGCAGCAGCAUGGGGUUUCCCCAGCGUCUACGGCCCCAGCUGCUCCUUCUGCAGCUGCCCCUGCCUCAGCCACCUCACAGGCUCCCACGCCGACACCCACACCCACUCCCACCCCUGCCCCAGCUCCCACAAACCCGUCCAAGGUGCUGCGGCCGCGAUCUGCCCCCACCACAGUAGACGCGCACCUGCUGGCGACGGUGCGUGGCCUGCAGCAGGAGCUGACAGCGCGCGAAGCGGAGGCGCGCAAGCUGGCGCGCGAGCUCGAGGAGAUGCGGCGGGUCAACCGCCGGCUGCAGAAGGAGAGGGAGCGACACCUGCAGCAACAGCAGCAGCACCAGCAGCAGCAGCACGUCCACACUGCCUCGAAAGGGGAACAAAGAGGGGACAGUCAAAACUGCGCAGCUAGCAGUUCGUCCAGCAGCAGCUUGAGGCAGCGCGGCGGCUCAGGCGACCAGCUGGAUGCAAUGCGCAGGCUGGAGGAGGAGAACAGGGUGCUGCACCAGGAGUUCGCUGUUCUCAAGGCAGACUUCGAGCAGCUGAAAGUGAAGCGUUUGCAGGAUCUGAGUGUGCUUCAAGAGCACCACACGGAGGAGCUGCGCAAAGCACGGGACGAGGGUGCCCGCUAUGGCACGGAUGCCCAGGUGGCAGAACUCCAGGGCCAGCUGGCCACCCAGCAGCUAGUCAUAGAGCACCUGCAGGAGAAGCUCAAGGAGCUUGAUCUGUGUCAGGAGCAAAUAGUAGUUCUGAAGACUGAACGGGACCAUUUGGAGAACAGUGUCGUGGAACUCCGUAAGAAGAUGUCUGUUCUCCAGACUGACAAUGACCCGGACCAUAUGAAGCUUGCAUCCCUCCAGUCACAACUGCUGACACUGGAGCAGCGGCACGAGGCACGCGAACAGCGCUUGCAGACAGUGGUGGCCAGUUUGCUGGAGAGGAACGCAGACCAGAGGCGCAGAUUGGCGGGGCUGCACGGUGAUGAGGAUGCGGAUGCCUUGCGGCGCCGCCUGCUGGAGAAGAACCGCCAGCUCGCCGAAUACCGUGCUGAGAUGGACCACAUCCUAGCUGCUCUGCGCCAGUUCUACCAGCAGCAUGGUGAUGCACCCAAUUUUGUUAGCAAAUCGUAGUCUCUUCCUACGUUGCUACUCUUUGUGGGCGUGCAGGUGACAUACUGACUGAAGCUUUUGUUGUGCUUUAAGAUGACCACAUGCAGUUGCACACUACUCACAGUCCAGAUACAGCUACUUUGUGUGCUGCUUUACACACUAUUUGUACCGUGGUGUUGAUUGUAGAGCAGUGAGGGCCUCGUCUUUAGUUGUAGUGUUUGUAAAAUCUUGUGUCACAACUCAGGGCCAGAAAUUUGCUUUGGCAAAGACAAGAAUAUGCAAGUGUAGAAACAUGUUGCUACUCUUGGGUUAUUGCUGCUGUGAGUGAAAAUGGAACUAAGAGACAAAGAUAUAUUUAUUAUUUUUUGUAGUGUUGUAACAUGUAGGAAACCCAUCAUUGUUAAAUAACGCUGCAUAUCCGUGCUAUUAUUGUUUUAGAAUGCUAGAAUAUUUUCAGAACAGAGUGCUAGAGAUGAAGAGGAGACACGUCUGUUGUGUAAAGCAGUGUGUAAAAAUGUGGGUGGCUUGACAGAGUUACAGUAAACUGCAGAACUCAAAGAAGUUGAAAAAGGUGCCUUUUUUUUGUAACUUGAUAUUCAUCAGAAAGUAGUUCUUUUCUAAGAAGUGUGCACAAUGACUGAUGUGGCGGAAGCUGGUCUCACAUUUAUCUGCGUUACACUCUCCUUCCCUACUUCUUUAAGUGAAUUAAAGAAUUUAGAAUUUCAUUAGGAAACAAAGGUAAAUGGGGAGUGCUUUCGAAAUAUAGGCCACCUCUUGCAUUGUAGUGACGUAAAGACAAGAAAAUUGCAUGGGAUACGCCAGUGCUCUUGUCAGAAGAGACUGGUUGUGUCCUAAAUGGCAUUGUCUGAAAGAGUUAUUUUGUUAGUGGCUGAAAUAUUUAUGCAAUGACCAAAGUUCCGCAGAUAGUUUGCAGUGGAGCCUUGUUCCAUGAAAAACCCUGCAAAUCAUUGAAAAUUUUCGGACAAAAUAGCCAGUCUUAAUUGUGAUGAAGAAAAUGUAAAGGCUUUCAGCAUUUUGAUAUGUUCAAGUCUUGUUAAGUUUCAUUGCCAGAUUCUGCAGUUCAUGUGUUAAUUUGUGGACUGGACUAAGAAGUGUGACAUUUUUCCAGUAUAUCUUAAGAGCAAUUUGUGUUUGAUGUGCACCUUUGAAACACUCACUGCAUUAUUUGUGCUUCAUCUCUAGCUUUUGUCUUUAGAUCCAUGUCUGACAGCCUAAUGAUGUUAGGCCAUUAGAUUGCGUCCAUGAUGUGCAGACGGUAAUGUUUAAUUGGAAUUCUAUGUCCAUUACCAUAUAUUUGUGGUAUAUAAAUGUGCACUGCUGCAACUAGUUUCAUGUAUUUGGAAAACAUAAAGUGAAGGUUUCUAUAAAGAGCAUCAUCUUCCUGCCUGUAUACGAGAAUACGUAAUUAAUGUUUGCAAAUUGUCAGCUGUGUUGAACUGUAUGGGCUUCAUUGUACAUUAAUGAGUAUUGAAAUUGUUUCUGAGAAAAGAAAAAAAUAUUCCAACACGUAAAAGCAGUCACUUGUGUAACUAAGGUUAUUCAAUUACUGAAGGUGACAUUAGUAUGCACCUUGGGACUCAUGUGUCUGCCUUCACAGUUUUCUGAUGAUUGUUCAUCAUUCCCGUCCUUCAGUCUCCGUCAGUGCGACUAGUUGUAGAGUAAUAUAUGUAACCUACUGCUGUGCUGCAGCCCUGCAGGUUCAGUGUUAAGGAUCUGCAGAACUUGCAUUUAUUAGAAGAUUAGGGUGUCCAUAUACAGCUGUUACUGCCAUAAAAUAAAUAGAUCAGAAAGUAGAUAUUUGAUGUGUCAUAUGUUUGAGUUCUAUUGUAUUGUGUUAAAACAUGCAGUUUAUGUCUUUGACUAAUUUACAAGAAGUUCUUUAGUCCUUGUUCAUGUGCAUAUAAAUUAAUAGUAUUGAAGGUUUGUAUUACAUUUAUUUUGUCAUAUUGACAACAACUAAAAUUUUGCUCUUAAACUUAUUCAACUUCCACCUUAUGUGACUUAGUUACUUUGGCAAAUAACUUAUUGAUUCAAUAGUCUUCUGUGUAUGUGGGCCCAUAGCCAUUGUAAAUUGCUUCAGGGAAGUCAUUGUCCAGCAUACGCUGUUUUUAUUUUUGAGGAAAAAAAUAUUAUUUCAUGUUUUUUUGCUGUUAACCAGUGUUGCCCCCUUGGGCAUUUUCAAGCUACUUGCACAUAUGUGAAGCCCAUCUGUAACAUGAUGAAAUGCAACCCUUGUGCAGAUCUUUGUCACAAGCAUCAGCCACACCAAAUCUACUGGUUCACAUUUGAAAUAAAACUGCACGUGAAAUGGUCAACAUCUGAAAAUUAAAUGGCACGUGUGUCAGUGAAUUUAAUUGUAUGCUUUUGUACAGUUAAAUUUGCUGAUAUGAAUGACAUUUGAUGUUUAGAUGUUCAUUACGUCAUGUGCAUUUUUUUAAUAGGAACCAACGGAUUUAUUGUGGUUGAUGCUGGUAUGGCAACAAAGACCUACAUGAGGGUUCCAUUUCAUCAUGUAACCGACGGAAUUCACAUAUGUGUAAACAGCUUGAAAAUGCCCAAGGGAGCAAAAUGAUCCAAUAGCGAAAAAUCAUGAAAUAAAAUGUUAAUUUCAAAAAUAAAAACAGCCUACGCAGGACAUUUGCUUCCAUUAAGUAACUUAUUGGUUGUUUUGCAUUGUUCCUAAAAACCUACACCUUAUGUCUUUCUUCUUAGAUACUGUACACAAGAUUUCAGAGGUAAUGUUCCUUGUAAUUCAUGUGCUUGUUUAUUUGUAUUGUCAUUAUGAUGCAUUAACAAUCAAAUCUGUAUGCAGCCUCUGUUUGUGUAAUUCUAUAAAUUCAUAAAAAGUGGUAACUUGUGCAACUACAAAGAAUCUCAUGUAAAAAGUCUUAUUCAAGUGAAUUCAACUAAUUCUUUUCUUAAAAAAGAAAUUAAUGUAACUUAUGUAUUAUGGAAAAUGUACUUUUAGUAUUUUCACGUAAAUCCAUAAUGUGUAACCCACACCAUUUUUCUCUAACGUCCUAUUGCGUAUUCUGCUUGUUUGCGAAUCCACUUCUUUCUUAUAACCAUCUACUAAUAGUAGGUAUGAAAUUAUAGAUGAGGUGGCUAAGAUGUGUUUGACAAGUGCAAGAUUGUGAAAAGUGUAAUCACUGUUUGAGAUUGUUGGCUUGGCUAAUUUUUUGUUGGGUACCACUCCCCUGAUAUAUGGAUAUUGUUGUUCACAUUAAAUCCCCUUAGAACCUUCACCCCUUGUGCUAAAAUCUAAUAGGGUAGUACAAGGUGCCAUUCUUUUCCCACCUUUGUUGACAAUACUGAAAGAAAGAAAAAACUUACUUUCCAAUAUUUCCCAGUUAAUCCUUCAUCAGAAGGGUAUCUUUGAGUUUGUGCAAUGUACAAGAAGGGGAAGUACAGGGUAAAUAUGAAUUGUGGUGGCACUUGGGGAAGUACCUUCCAAAGAGAAUAACGUCCAUUUGUUGUAAUAUGCACACACUUAAAUAUUGGAGUUGAUAAAUCUUGGAAAAAAAAGAAUAUUUUCAUAUAUUGUGAUUUUGUUACAAAAAAUUUUACAGUCAUUUAUGAGAGUAUAAAUUUCGGCAAGUGUUGGGUCACUGAGUAAUGUAACUCCAUCUCAAAAAGUCAGCUGCAUCAUAUAGCAAAAUACCAUUAUAUAGGAUUGCUGUUUCAAAAGACACUUAAAAUUUCUUAAUAUUUUUUGAUAAAUUUAGGUAUGUGAGAAAGCAAUAGUGUUGAAAUGGAAAAAAGCAAGCCUUCCAAAUUUCCUGUUUCUAGCACACACAUUUAUUAGAUUUGGUGGAAUCUCAUCCACAGCUUUUUUUUGUAAUUAAUAUUGAUUUUGCUUUCAGAAAUUGGUAAUAAUCAAGAGCUUUUCAGUGAAGAAUCAGCAGAUAGAAGGCCUGCAACUGUGGAAAUACUUAUGUGUUACAUGAUUAUGUGUAUUUGUUGUGCCAGUACUGCCAUGUUAUAUGGGAAGUACUGAAUGAGCAGUAAAGUAGUGAUUUAUACAAAUUCUCUGGUUUACAACAUCACAUUUUAUGGCAUGUUCGUGUGUGUUUGUCACUUGUAUGCUUAAAAGUAUAUAAUUAUUUCAUAAAUAUAGUCAGUGAUAGCAUCAGUUCAUUGUUGUACAUGCUUACUGGUACCAUUGUAUAAUACAACGAUGUGGAAAACUUUAGGGAAAAACCUCAACACGAACACUAUCUUCUCCUUCAUUUAAGCCAAUAUUUAUAUUGUAAGGUAAAUGAUUUGAUACAUGUCCUUAGUUCUUUUUGUUUUGUUCAGACAGAAAUGUGACUCAUGACAAAGAGUAUAAAGGUCGUACUGAAGCUGUAAUGGGGAGCUGAUAAUUUUUUUUUCUUUUUUGUUCAUUUGUCUUUGUGUUCUCACAUUACCUUAAUGAACUAUUUUGUAAUAUUUUGCUUAAUUACUUG